GGAGCCGCCGCCGGGACGUCGAUGUGGACGGAGCCCGGGCCGGGCCAUGGGGAUCCUUAGCAUCACCGACCAGCCGCCCCUGGUCCAGGCCAUAUUCAGCCGCGACGUGGAGGAGGUCCGCUCGCUGCUGGCCCAGAAGGAGAACAUCAACGUGCUGGACCAGGAGCGGCGGACGCCACUCCACGCCGCAGCCUACGUGGGGGACAUCGCCAUACUCCAGCUGCUGCUGCUGUCAGGUGCCAACGUCAAUGCCAAGGACACGCUGUGGCUCACUCCCCUGCACAGGGCCGCUGCCUCCCGCAAUGAGAAGGUGCUGGGACUGCUGCUGGCCCACGCGGCGGACGUGAACGCGCGGGACAAGCUGUGGCAGACGCCGCUGCACGUGGCCGCGGCCAACCGGGCCACCAAGUGCGCCGAGACCCUGGCCCCGCGCCUCAGCAGCCUCAACGUCGCCGACCGCAGCGGCCGCAGCGCCCUGCACCACGCCGUGCACAGUGGCCAUCUCGAGAUGGUGAGCUUGCUUCUGAACAAGGGCGCCAGCCUGAGCGUCUGUGACAAGAAAGAGAGACAGCCAUUGCACUGGGCAGCCUUUCUGGGGCACCUGGAGGUGCUGAAGCUGCUGGUGGCCCGGGGGGCAGACCCCGGCUGCAAAGACAGGAAGGGCUACGGGCUGCUGCACACGGCCGCAGCCAGCGGCCAGAUUGACGUAGUCAAACACCUGCUGCGCCUCGGGGCGGAGAUCGACGAGCCCAACGCCUUCGGGAAUACGGCCCUGCACAUCGCCUGCUACCUGGGCCAGGACGCCGUGGCCAACGAGCUGGUCAACGCGGGCGCCAACGUCAACCAGCCCAAUGACCGCGGAUUCACCCCCCUGCACGUGGCCGCCGUCUCCACCAACGGCGCCCUCUGUCUCGAGCUGCUCGUCAAUAAUGGAGCCGACGUCAACUACCAGAGCAAGGAGGGGAAGAGCCCUCUGCAUAUGGCAGCCAUCCACGGGCGCUUCACCCGCUCCCAGAUCCUCAUCCAAAAUGGCAGCGAGAUCGACUGUGCAGACCGGCUGGGGAACACGCCCCUGCACGUGGCCGCGCGCUACGGGCACGAGCUCCUCAUCAGCACGCUCAUGACCAACGGCGCCGACACGGCCCGGCGAGGAAUCCACGACAUGUUCCCCCUGCACUUGGCCGUUCUGUUUGGCUUUUCUGACUGCUGCCGCAAACUCCUCUCCUCAGGUCAGCUGUACAGCAUCGUGUCCUCGCUCAGUAACGAGCACGUGCUCUCAGCCGGCUUCGACAUCAACACCCCAGACAGCCUGGGCCGCACCUGCCUGCACGCUGCUGCUUCCGGAGGGAACGUGGAAUGUCUUAAUUUGCUCUUAAGCAGCGGUGCGGACCUCCGGCGGAGAGACAAGUUCGGGAGGACCCCCCUGCACUAUGCGGCGGCUAACGGGAGCUACCAGUGUGCCGUGACGCUGGUGACCGCCGGGGCUGGGGUCAACGAGGUCGACUGUAAGGGCUGUUCCCCACUUCACUACGCUGCUGCAUCUGACACCUACAGGAGAGCGGAGCCCCCCGCCGCCCCCAGCCACGAGACUGAUGAAGAUGAGUCUCUGAAGGAGUCGCACAGGAAGGAGGCCUUCUUCUGCCUGGAGUUCCUAUUGGACAACGGCGCGGACCCCUCCCUGCGGGACAGGCAGGGCUACACGGCCGUGCACUACGCGGCCGCCUAUGGGAACAGGCGGAACCUGGAGCUGCUCCUGGAGAUGUCCUUCAACUGCCUGGAGGAUGUGGAGAGCACUGUGCCCGUCAGCCCCCUGCACUUAGCUGCCUAUAACGGUCACUGUGAAGCGCUGAAGACGCUGGCGGAGACCCUGGUCAACCUGGACGUGCGAGACCACAAAGGGCGGACGGCCCUGUUCCUGGCCACGGAGCGCGGGUCCACGGACUGCGUGGAGGUGCUCACCGCCCAUGGGGCCUCUGCCCUCGUUAAGGAGCGCAAGCGCAAGUGGACCCCCCUGCACGCUGCCGCGGCCUCUGGCCACACGGACUCCCUCCACCUGCUGAUCGACAGCGGGGAGCGCGCCGACAUCGCGGAUGUGGCGGACGCCCAUGGCCAGACUCCGCUGAUGCUGGCCAUCAUGAAUGGCCACGUGGACUGCGUCCACCUUCUGCUGGAAAAGGGGUCCACGCCCGACGCCGCUGACCGCAGGGGCCGCACGGCUCUGCACCGUGGGGCGGUGACGGGUUGCGAGGACUGCCUGACGGCCCUGCUGGACCACGACGCCUUCGUGCUGUGCCGCGACUCGCAGGGCCGCACUCCCAUCCACCUCGCGUCGGCCUGCGGACACGCCGCCGUCCUCCGGGCCCUGCUGCGGGCCGCGCUGUCCACCGACCCACUGGACUCCGGGGUGGACUACAGCGGCUACUCCCCUGUGCACUGGGCCUCCUACUCCGGUCACGAAGACUGCCUGGAGUUGUUACUUGAACAUGGCCCGUUCGCCUACUGGGAAGGAAAUCCCUUCACACCUUUGCACUGUGCAGUAAUUAACAGCCAGGAUGGCACCGCGGAGAUGCUGCUGGGUGCCCUGGGCACCAAGAUCGUGAACAGCCGAGAUGCCAAAGGACGGACCCCCCUUCACGCUGCUGCCUUCGCCGACAACGUCCCCGCAAUCCAGUUGCUGCUGCGGCACCAGGCCGAGGUGGAUGCCGCUGACCAGGCCGGCCGCACGGCACUUAUGGUGGCCGCGGAGAACGGACAGACCAGGGCCGUGGAGUUCCUGCUGUUCCGGGCGAAGGCAGACCUGGCGGUGCUAGACAACAACAAGAACACAGCCCUACACCUGGCCUGCAGCAAGGGCCACGAGAAAUGUGCCCUGAUGAUCCUGGCGGAAACCCCAGACCUCGGCCUCAUUAACGCCACUAACAGCGCCCUGCAAAUGCCACUUCACAUCGCCGCCCGGAACGGACUGGCCUCGGUGGUCCAGGCUCUCCUGGGUCGAGGAGCCACGGUCCUGGCUGUGGAUGAAGAAGGUCACACCCCGGCCCUGGCCUGCGCCCCCAACAAGGACGUGGCCGACUGCCUGGCCCUCAUCCUCUCCACCAUGAAGCCUUUCCCCCCCAAGGACGCCACCAGCCCCUUUGGCUUCAGCCUCCUCAAGCACUGCAGCAUCGCGGCGGCCAAGACAGCGGGCGGCUGCGGCCCCCUCCCCAACGGAGCCCCCUGUCCCUACGGCCAAGAGCGCCCCAGUGCCAUCGGCCUGGACGGCUGCUACUCGGAGUAGCCCCUGCCCGCCGGCCCGCC